GGACCGGGUCUGUCUGUGAGCUUCCGCGCUAGGGCCCCGCGGGCGGGAGCUGCAGCGGGGCCUGGGCGGCCCGAGCAGCGCGGACCCCGGUUCUCGGCUCCCGGCGCCAUGUGAGGGGGUUCGGGGGCCGCGGGGAGCCUGGCGCUCCCCGGCGGAGAUGAGGACGCUGAGGCUCAGAGAGGUCACAUGGCUUGCUCGAGGCCCCCCAGCCAGUAAGUGUGGACCCGACAUUCGCACUGGCAUCCGACAUGCUGUCCUGAUCAUGGCCUUCUCGGAGCAGGACCGUGACGGGGCUGCCCAGGGGAGCCGUGGUCCUGGCUGAGGGCACUGCUCAGGCAAAGGUGUGACCCCACAACCCUGCCCCCCGGGCCACCUGCAGGACGCUGGCCCCUACCCCUCAACAGACGCCGCAGAGAGAUGAGCAGCAACAAAGAGCAGCGGUCAGCAGUGUUCCUGGUCCUCUUCGCCCUGGUCACCAUCCUCAUCCUCUACAGCUCCAACAGUGCCAGCGAGGUCUUCCACUAUGGCUCCCUGAGGGGCCGCACGCGUCGGCCCGUCAACCUCAAGAAGUGGAGUUUCUCCAACGCCUACUUCCCAAUCCUCGGAAACAAGACGCUGCCCUCCCGGUGCAACCGGUGUGUGAUCAUCACCAGCUCCAGCCACCUGCUGGGCACCAAACUGGGCCCUGAGAUUGAGCGGGCGGAGUGCACCAUCCGCAUGAACGAUGCUCCCACCACGGGCUACUCGGCCGACGUCGGCAACAAAACCACCUUCCGAGUAGUGGCCCAUUCCAGUGUGUUCCGUGUGCUGCGGAAGCCCCAGGAAUUUGUCAACCGGACCCCUGAAACAGUGUUCAUCUUCUGGGGCCCCCCACACAAGAUGAAGAAGCCGCAGGGCAGCCUCCUGCCGGUCAUCCAGCGGGCCGGCCUCGCGUUCCCUAACAUGGAGGCCUACGUUGUCUCUCCCACCCGCAUGCAGCAGUUUGACGACCUCUUCCGGGGUGAGACGGGCAAGGACAGGGAAAAGUCCCACUCCUGGUUGAGCACAGGCUGGUUUACCAUGGUGAUUGCGGUGGAGUUGUGUGACCAUGUGCACGUGUACGGCAUGGUCCCUCCUGACUAUUGCAGCCAGCGGCCCCGUCUGCAGCGCAUGCCGUACCACUACUAUGAGCCCAAGGGGCCCGAUGAAUGUGUCACCUACAUCCAGAACGAGCACAGCCGGAAGGGCAACCACCACCGCUUCAUCACCGAGAAGAGAGUCUUCUCGUCCUGGGCCCAGCUCUACGGCAUCACCUUCUCCCACCCCUCCUGGACCUAGCCAUAGUCUUUGCAACCUCGGAGAGAUAAGGCAAAGUGGCUCUGGGCCCAGCCAUUUGACCGUGGCCAUCAUCCAGCCAGUUCAGGCUGGCUGGAAUAUUUCCCAGCCAAUCAAAUCAGGGCCUUGAUGAGGGUUUUUUUCUUCCAACCA